GGUGGUGGUGGAGAGAAACUAGGCAGGCGGUGUUGCGGGCCCUUUAAGAGCCGGGCAGGGCUUGCUUGUUGGGGUGGGAACAGCAAGAAGCCGCCGCGGGGAUGCAAAGGGAGAAAAAAGCGAGACCUUAGGAGCUGCUCCCUUCCUCCGGGGAUUCCAGAACGCUGACCCGCAAGGCGGCGGGGGAGGGAGGAAUAGUCUGGGGCCGCGCGCGCGCGCGGGAAGGGGCGGGAACUGAAGCAGCAGCAAUAGCAACAAACAGCGUCCGGGGCCGGGCGCGUGCUCAGCGGCGGCCCCCGAGAGGGAGUGGGGCAUUGGGGUAGGAGGUCAGAGAGAGGAACAUCCCCCCGCCCAGCCCCCGAUGAGGCAGUGCGGCGGCGGCGGCGGCUGCUUGCCGUGUCCCCGAGCUCGGCCUGUGCAUUUCUCUUCUUGAGGAAGAGACGUUUCCUCUUUCCCCCUUCCUGCUUUUGCUGCCGCCGCCACAGGGGGAACAGCCUAGGAGAAGGUCGGAGCAGGGACGAAAGACCCGCCCCCUCCCGGGUCGCGCUUGCCUGCGUGUCUGUCCGUUUUCUCCUGCCAAGCCCCCCAUAUAGCUGGGCUGGUUCUUGGCGGGGGGGUGAGUGAGUGCGUGAGUGGCCCUUUGCCUUUCCCCCUUCCCUUCUCGGUGUAUUGGCGACAGCCUUCCAUAGUCUGCCUUAAUCCUCCCUCUCUUCCCUCCCUCCAUUCUCCUCCUUGGCAAACUUGUAUAUGACCUUUGUUACCGUUUUGCUUGCCUCCAAGACGAGGGCUGGCUGGUUUCAUCUCUCAGGCCCGUUCCCCUCCCUUGAUAAGCAGCUCUGGCCCUGGCUCUUCUGCCCCCUGCUCACGGUUAAACACAAACACCUGUUGCUGCGGAGGGAGGGUCGUCCUCCUCCUCUCCCCACCGUGGGCUUUGGGUUUUGUUUUAGAGUUUGGCCGCUUUGUUGUUGGAAGGAUUGUCCUGUCGCUGGCAAGACUGCUCACCUCUUUUAUUUGGAUUCCCUAUUUAAAAAGGGGGAAAGCCCUCCUCUAAACUUGUUUUCAUUUGGAUAAGAUGAAAGUGACAGUUUGUUUUGGCAAGACGGGGAUUGUAGUUCCCUGUAAAGAUGGACAGAUCCGGGUCAGAGACUUAACCCAUCAGGCUCUCCAGAGAUACCUGAGAACCAAAGAAAAGGAUCCUUCUUAUUGGGUGAAUAUUCACCAUCUGGAGUAUACAGAUGGGGGAAUCCUGGACCCAGAUGACAUCCUGGCAGAUGUUGUGGAAGACAAAGAUAAGUUGAUUGCAGUGUAUGAAGAACAAGAUUUGCUCCCAAAGUAUGAAGACAGCAAUGGUAGUUUGACAGAUGGAAACAGUCCAGAUGCUUUUGAGAGUGAUGUAGCAGCUCAGCUGGCUGCAUUUCAGCCAAUGGGAGGAGAGAUUGAAGUGACACCUUCUGCUCUGAAGCUAGGGACACCACUGUUGGUAAGGAGGAGCAGUGACCCAUCACUGGGCCCACCUGUUGACUUGCGUGCAGGAGCGUUGCCUGCCAAUAACCACGUUCUGAAGACUUCUGUUUCUGGUUCAACACACUCAUCUUCAGAGGACUGGAAUCUUGUUGCACACAGUGAAGUGCUGACAUCUCAGAAAACAAAAUUUGUUUUCAGUGGUGUAACAAGAAUGGUGGAGAUUUCUGGGGAAGGUGGUCCUCUGGGUAUACAUGUGGUACCAUACUUUUCAUCAUUAAGUGGAAGGAUUUUAGGGCUCUUUAUUCGUGGCAUUGAGGAGAAUAGCCGGUCUAAGCGGGAUGGACUUUUCCUUGAAAAUGAAUGCAUCGUGAAAAUCAAUGACAUAGAACUUGCAGAUAAAACCUUUGCACAAGCACAAGAUAUCUUCCGCCAAGCAAUGAAAUCUCAAAAUAUCAUUUUGGAAGUGGUUCCUCCAUACAACCGUGAACAAUAUGAAAAGUCUGUCAUCGCAUCUUUAUAUUCUUCAGAUAACACUGAACAUGUUUCAAAGGCAAAGGCUCCACCUCCCAUCCACCCAAAACCAAUGACAAAGGGAGUAGACUUGUCCACAGUGAACAACCUGGAGGCUUGUGUGCGGACAGUGCUACAUCCUGCCAAGAGUCCCAAUCUUCCAAAAGUUUGUAGGAAGCCGUCAUCACCAUCUUUGUCUCCACUGAUGGGUUUUGGCAGCAAGAAGAAUUCAAAAAGGAUAAGGAUAGACCUUAAAAAAGGGCCUGAAGGACUUGGUUUUACUGUGGUUACCAGAGACUCAUCAGUACAUGGUCCUGGUCCUAUUUUUGUAAAGAAUAUUUUACCACGGGGUGCAGCAAUUAAAGAUGGCCGUUUGCAAUCAGGGGACAGAAUAUUGGAGGUGAAUGGUAGCGACAUCACCGGAAGAACCCAGGAAGAGCUUGUAGCUAUGCUAAGAAGCACAAAGCAAGGAGAAAUUGUCUCCUUGAUCAUUGCACGGCAGGAGGAAACCUUUCUUCCCCGAGAGCUGGACCCCCAUGGCUUGUUAAGACCUUCAGGAAAGUUCCGCCUAUGGCUGCUCCCAGGUUGUCCGGUGGUGACUCAGGGCCAGGCCUUUUCUAUAGCUGCCCCAAGGCACUGGAACAAGCUCCCUGUUGUUGUAAAAGCUUCCAAGAGCGCUCAAGACGCAUUUGUUCCAUCAAGCCUUAGAUCAGCUAAAGGAGAGCCCUAUUGCGCCAUUCUUUCCCUUGAGACCACGGAGCAAUUGACUUUUGAGAUACCCCUGAAUGACUCUGGUUCUGCUGGACUUGGUGUGAGCUUAAAGGGCAAUAAAGCUCGAGAGACUGGGGCUGACCUUGGAAUUUUCAUCAAAUCCAUCAUCCAUGGAGGUGCUGCCUAUAAGGAUGGCAGACUGCGAAUAAAUGACCAGCUUAUUGCAGUGAACGGGGAAUCUCUGCUUGGAAAAUCGAACCAUGAAGCGAUGGAGACCUUGAGACGUUCCAUGUCUAUGGAGGGAAAUAUUCGUGGGAUGAUUCAGCUUGUAGUUCUCAGAAGACUGGAUAGGCAAACUGAAGUGGAGCGCACAGAGCCUGUUGUAUUUCCAAAACUGGAAUUUGAGGGGAAUAUUAACUUUGCUGCCUUUCCCAGGCGUAAUGAUGCUGCUGUGCAAUGUUUUGUAGCGCAUUGUCCCGAGGAGCAGUUGAAAGAGUUCCGUACAUCUGAGAGUGGCAUGACUGGAAAUGAAGUCCCACCUCCUUUGCCUCCACAUCCAAGUGAUGAGCUGCUCACAGAUUAUAAUCAUAGCUCAGUAGCAGAUUCAGCAGCAUAUUUACCAGAUCAGCACAUCAACUUCAGAUCUUUGACACUGGCUAAGCAGAAGGAAUCAAUUAAUCUGAAAGCCUCCAAGAGCAUGGAUCUCGUGGCAGAUGAAAGCAAAGUGAGUUUGUUGACUGGACAGAAACUAGAGCCUCCUGGCAAGGAUAUUGGUCCCACCCUGGGUUUAAAGAAGUCAAGCUCUCUGGAGAGUCUCCAGACAGCUGUUGCUGAAGUGAAAAAGAAUGAGCUUCCUUUCUAUAGGCCCAGACCUCACAUGGUCCGUGGUAGAGGGUGUAAUGAGAGUUUCAGAGCUGCCAUUGACAAGUCUUACGAUGGACCUGAAGAUAUGGCAGAAGAUGGUUUGUCGGAUAAAAGCUCACUCUCUGGUCAGGAAGCUCAGAACUCUGAAUUGGCCCAUCAUGUGAACUCUGAUUUAGAGGAUCCAGAAGGCAAGGCAAAGAAACACAAAAAGGCUAAAGAGAAACUGAAAAUAAAAGAAAAGAAUAAAAAAGCUAAUUUGAAGAACAAAUCUAAAAUUAAAGAAAAGAACAAGAAAGAAGAAAAUGAAGAUCCAGACAGAAAAACCAAGAAGAAAAGCUUAGGUGCCAUGUUGAGGUUUGGCAAGAAAAAAGAGGAUAAAGGUGCAAAAGGCGAUCAGAAGGGGAACUCCAAGCAUGGUGCUCUCAAGGAAGAAGACCUUGAAAAGAUGAAGGAGGAGCGGGAACGAAUUGAUGCAAAACAUCAGGAGCUCCGGCAAAAGCAGUCUAGAGGACUUCUUGAAUAUUCCACUGGUCCUGUUGGGCCCCCACCUGAUAUUGAUGAUGAUGAGACAGACCCAAAUUAUGCCCGAGUGAAUCACUUUCGAGAAAUUUAUCCAUCUGCCAGUGCCUUCAGACCAUCUUCUCCACUUGCUGCAGAAGCCUUUAGAUGUGAUAAUCCACCAAUAGACAGGGACCACUUGGAAGGACUAUAUGCAAGAGUAAACAAGCCACCUCAUCAGCAUGCUCCUGUUGAGAGUGACCGGCCUGCUGGUGGAACUGCAGACCGCAUCCAGAAGUUACGAAAAGAGUACCAUCAGGCAAGGCGGGAAGGCUUACCGUUCUAUGAUGAAGAAGAAGGCAAAGGAAGAGCAUCUGAUUAUGAUCAGCACUGGGUGUCUGGAAAAGGUCCAGAUGGGACUUCACACCAUCUCCAGUUUGAAGGAAUAGAAAGACAAUAUGCCUCCUUACCCAGGCACGGACCUGUAGAACCAAUGGAGUAUUUAACAGGGCUACGAGUAACCUACAAAGAGAGAGAUUUUCCUUACUAUCAAGGAGGCCAGCCUGCAGUUCAUCCCUCCAAAGGAAGCUACAUUCAUCCACCAGACGGCCCGAGGGCAGCAGAGAUACGGUAUCCUCAGUAUUAUCCACCACAGCCAGUAGCCCAGCACAAAGGACCUCUCCGCCAAGAUGUACCACCAUCACCACCUCAGGGCCACAGAGUUCUGCCUUAUCAUGAAAUGGGCAGAACAGGCUACCAUCAAACCAGUGCUGAUCAAAAUCAGUACAGACAUCAGGAUCCUAGGCAAAAGGACCCCAUGACUGCAGCUGUAUAACCCAAUGAUGAACGAUGGUGGAUAUAAAAAAACAGAAAUAAUCUUACUUCUGAUUCCACUGAGCUUAUAUCUCCCUUCACUCUGGCCAAUGUAUACCCAGGAUAACUUUAUGAAGCGGUACAAUGACUUUCAGAUAUCAGUACAUCAAACGGGCUUUCUUUGUUUUUUUCAAUUGCCUGAACAUUGAAGGUGGUAGAUGAAGGGUAAGCAAAACUGCUAAGCACACCAGCAAGUGCCACUCAGGGCUAUUUGCAACUACACAGGUACAUGCAAGGCAUACAUAUUGCAGGAAUCCAUGUUGAAAUGCUAGCAGGAAGGUAUCCUUCUUGUGCCACUGUGUGUGCACUCAGUAUGACAGGCUCUUCUUUCACCAGCUCUUCUCUGAUUGGAGUAUUUUGGGCCGUGUCCCCUGACAAGUUUACAAAUAACUUCAUUGUGUUGAGAGUUGUGUUCCACUCACCUUGUGGCCUGCAGUGUGUUUUUGUUGUCAUCAUGUGUGAAUGUUGAGUGUUGAUCUCAUUUUAAUCUUGUCUCAGUCAUCUUUUUGAUUGUCUUUGGGGACUCUGAAUUUUCAAUCCUGGUGUGUUUUUUUAAUUGGUCAUAUGUCAAGAAUUUCUAUUUUUUAUUAUUUUUCUAAUUGCAGAGAGUACAGUUGGACAAAUUACAAAAAGUGGUACUUACGUAGUUCAUAGAACUGUCCUACAGUAUUGCACUGUGAGGCUCCUGAAAAUACACAUACAAGGAUUCAGUGGGCAGUAUUUUGUUACUGUGGGGAGUUCUAGCCCAUUUGGGGGUCUGUUUGUAUGUCUCCCCUUGUGGAGGGGCCUGGUUCUCCAUUGGCAAUAUUGUCAGAAGUGCCUGCCAACAUCUUCAUUAAUAAUCAUUGUAAGCUAGAAGUCAGCAACUGGUGGCCCAUGGACCAGAUCUGCCCAUUGAGAUAUCGUAUUUGUUCCCCCUCACAUUUACCAACCCCAAGAGACAAGAUGGUUGUAUGGGAGGAGUGGUGGAGCCUGGUCCCUUUCCUCAAAUUUGCCUUCCCACAAAACAUGCUGUUGGCUACGCUUGUAACCCCCGUACAACAUUUGAGUAUCCUAGUCUGCUGCUUUUGUUCUGCAAACUACCUGUAAAAGCAAGUCUUCUGCAGAUCCGCAAAAGUGCCAAACCAUGCCCUUUUGCAUGGCAGGAAUUCUGUAGGGCAACAGUGGUGGAGGAUAUGAGGGUGAGGAAGGCUUCUGUUACCAUAAAUAGCUUAGCUAGGCGAGUGUGGAUAACACCUGAUGAGAGAUUGUUUAAAAAAAUAAGGACAAAAGAAAGAAAUAGCACAGGAGAGAGGGUACAGAAUGAAGAGGGGUUUUUUCAUCACUUCUAGUUAUUUGCAAACAACGAGGCAAGUGGAGAGAAGACUGCAGUUCUAGUCAGGUGCUGUUUUGGUGUUGCUGAGAUCUGCAUGUCUAGACGGGAACUUAAAGUUGGGGGUUAGGGGGAGACAGUGGCCCUUGCAGGUUACUCUGAAGUAUGGGUGUCAUUUCAAUUCUGUAGAUUUUGUUUUUCUACCCAGUCUACUGAGGCUUCUGAAAGUCAUUUCAGAGAGGAAUUUUGAAGAGCUCAACAUAUCUUUCAUUCCUCAGUCUUGACUCUGGAUGCAUUUCAAGGCUACAUAUUAGCCCUUUUCCUUUCAAGGGAGAGACCUUGGGCCUGGCUAAGAAAUGUAUUAGAGGAUCUGUUGGUUUUCUUUUGGUAUGCAGCAAAUUAGCAGGAUUCAUUACACAGGUCAUCUCAUAAUUAUUAUAUAUAUCGCACAAAGGGGUCAUCUAUCAGGCCCAGCCAUUUAUCAUUUACCCUUUCUGAAAUGGCUUCAUUAUACUGGGAGGCCUCUAGAGACUUUGUGUGCAGUGAAUCUGUCACACACCAAAUUUGCUUUGCUGCAUUUCAAAGUGUCAGCUCUUGUGCCCAUGAAAGAUUCAGCAGUUUGGUAUGGAACCCACAGAUACAACAUUGUUGUCCUGAAUAUUAGUAUUCAGGUAAGUAAUUGUAGCAAAGGCUAUAACCUCCAAUUCAAGGCUGCUGAGGAAUGACUAGUGGGCUUGGAAUCAAGGGAUGUACAUCUUAUCUAUCUCUAACUAGACUGGAUGGGAAACACUGAGGUGAAAUACUAAGGGUGUUUAUAGGCUUAGUUUCUACAGGUAAAUAUGGCCAAGAAGAUUACCCGUAAUUAUUCUCUGUUCCUAUAAUGCACCCUCAAAUAGAGACACAGCCAUGUACUGUAGAAGCAAUGCCCAACGUAAUGAGUAAACAUUGCAGGUGGGGAACACUUCUGCUUGUGCACAAAGGGGAGGGGUGGUUUUCAGUGAAUCUAGCUUCCCUCCUGAAAAUAUGUCCCCAAGUGUCCCACAACCCUCAGGGACAUUUUCCCAGAAGGGACAAGAGGCUGCACAGGGAAUGGGCAGAUUAUCAGAAAUCACCCUUGCACUCUGUGCAAGCACAAAAGCAUUCUUCAUGUCCAUCCUUUACUUAGCAUGUUGAGCAAGGACUGGUUCCAGUGGAUGGAUCUCAAGUGGCUGUAUAUCUAUUUCGUAUGUAGAAUGUACUAUUUAUAAGAAUGAGUAAUCAGGGAUAAAUUGUAAGGAAUUGUCAGCUAUAUUUGUACAGACAUCUUGAAUUCUUAUUCAUUCUACUUUGGCGAGCAGUUGAUCACUGCGCCCAUGAAAUCAUGUUUUAAGUAACAUUGUAUAGGAUCAGUGCAAAGUGAAUAGUGAGCUUCUUGCUCCUCUUCAAACCUAAGUUUAUAUAUCCUCUUAAGCAUUCAGAAUGAGGUAAGCUAUUACAGAGAGGGAAGGAAAGGAUGGCAUAUUGUGACUUGCCAUCCAAUCAAAUAUAAUUCAGGGAAGGCCUAGUUUUUGUCUUGGUUUACUUUCAAUCUACUGGCCUGAUUUGUGGUUCCUUGAUGGAGGGACAAAGUGAUUUCUUUUUGUGAAGUAUGCAGUGUAUUAUGAAGGAAUGCAACACUGUUUCCCACUUUAUAUAAUGUUGCAACCUGUAUCAGACAUCUAAGGGGUUUACAGCUAACCCACAAUUCUCUCGCUGAGCUGCUGAUGCAGGUCAUUGCUUGAACUGCUAGAAUGCAAACAAAUGGUUCCAUCCAUGUUGCAUUCUUGCCAACACUGACCUUGAUCAUCUAAACACAGUCAGUGUAUUUAAACUCUCUUACUUCACUUCAUCCCUUAUCUUAACUGAGUUUUGACAGCACAGAUAACAAAUCUUGUCUCAGGUGACAGACAAUUGCUAUCACCUCAAAUUUGGAGAUGAAGCGGGAUGGAUAUUUGGAGUGGGGGCACUGCCCAAAUAAAACCAUGUUCAUUUCUUCUGGGGAUGUAGCAUAUGUGCGGCUGUUCCCAGUGCUGUCUCUUUUGUAAAAGAAACCAUAGGAUCCUCGGAUGAAGAUUGAUUUGGCAGCCAUACAUCCAGUGCUACUGGCCAGAAAGACCACUAGUAGCCAGGGGCAGGAUGGAAAACUGAAAAUGCACUUUGCUUUUGUAUAAAUAUAACCUCUGAUACCUUGGAUCCUUCGACAGGACCAACUCAUGGUGGGUUUAUCUAACUGAUCACAAUCAAGAGGAGCUUUGGAAGAUAAGCUCCAGUCUUAUAAAUCAUUGCCUGCUAACCCUUUCUAGUGCCAUUUCAUUCCCGUUUAUAAAGAUAACUGACAUUUCAGGAGCAAGGGGCAAAUCCAGAUUAGAUGGAUAUAGCCUGUGUUAUUUCUUUGAUGCUCAAGCUCAGUUGUUUCCACGUAACCGGAAACACCCCUCUAAAACUCUCCUUGACUGCGAUGGCUCCAUUUGGUAGGGCGACAGUUCAAAAGAAGACCUUCCAAGCUAUUAAUGCCAAUGGCUUAUUAAACAAUACUACUGCUUUUAGAUCAAUGAGAGGCUUUGAUGCAGUACAAUAAAUAGAUGGUUGGUAUCGGAGGAGGAGGAGACAAAAACGCUUGACCUGUCUUUUAUUUGGAGACGGGAGCAAAAGAAGUCAAGAGCAUCCUCAUCAGUCUAAAGUGCCAUUAUUCUGAUAGUGGGGGAGAGAAACUAAAUUGGCUGCUGCAGUUGACUCACAGAGGUGAGCUAAAUGUGUGUGUAUAUUAAAUAUACAUACGUACACACAUACAUAUAUAUACAUAUAGCCUGCUUCUCCGCAAUAAUGCAAAACAAACUCUCUCAGCACCAUAUUGCAGGCAAAUGUGUAGCAAACACAUAUCACAAGGUGUUGCAGCUGAUGGUUGAAAAUAUAUAACUUGCAAAAAUGGAAAAGAAAAAUCCACUCGAGCCGUUAAGAAACAAAUUGCUCUUUUUCCCCCCCAUGCGUCCAUAUGUUUUUUUAAAAAAAUAUUAUGGAUCGGAAAUGGUUGUUUUUUAAUUCACUAAUACCAUGCAUUCAGCUUCUGUAAAAAUGUGCCGGUCCAGUGGGAGAAUUUUCCUUUGUGAAUGUGGGCUUCCCAAAUCAUUUUGUUUUCCCCCUUCAGGUGGACUUUGCCCACCUUUGCCCUGGUGAGAUCCCGUUUCCAACCCAGUCUGGGAAAGGAUCCAGAGCACACCAUGCAGUUGCUAAGUAACUACAAUGUGCUUUCUUCAAAGACUGACUGCAAAGUAACGGGGAAUGAAGGGUAUACUAGGGAAGAGAUCAUGAGGACUGUCCAAGGGAAGGGUUACCAACAUCAGUUUCAAAUCAGAGCAAUCAAGGCCCUAGAUCUGGCUUUGUACAUUUAUCCCCCAAGCGCUGGUCUGACUUACGUAUUGCAUUUGGAGCAGAGGCCUGGCUGAAAGCCCACUGAACUUACUGGAAAUAUCAGUGUACUUUGGAUCAAAUUCUUGUUGCAAUAAAAGAAGUAGGUUGUGCAUAUUAACUAUUGAAUGACUAAAGAUUUAACAGACACCAGCAAUUUCCUGAACAGUCUAAAAGAUGAUAAACACUGUGAUUGCAGCAACUGAAUAGGAAGCUCUCUGGGCAGUCUGAAGGCCAGGGAGGGGGACUAGGAAGAUAACUUUCCACAUUCCAGUUCAGGUACUUAACCGGUUCACAUGCUGCCUAUUUACUCUAGACUGCUACCUCCCAUCUUUCCUUUCUCUGUAAAAUGCUAGAUGUUCUAUAUGUGCUCUGAGGUGAAGUCAUCUUCUUGUGGAAGGCAAGCACAUGUGCUGCCUUCCCAGAUCAGGCCUUUCAAUAGAAUCCUUGGCAAGAGCAUUCCAACCAUUGGUGCACUUACUCAAGUGCGGUUUGCUUCUCAGUGCAAAAACCACAACUUUAUUUUAUCCUCAAUUCACAAGCCGUCCAUUUCCAACUAUUCCUGGUGCAAUCCUACUGACUUCAGUAGAAAUGUAAUAAUGGGAAUAGCUCUGGUUUGCACAUUGCUGCCCUUUUCUAUUUGUCCGACGGGGGGUAGGGUUUAAAUACCUGACUAUAUAUUUGUGUGCAUUGAAUUUCAAAAAAAAAAGUUAGGAAAUUUAUUUGGGGAGUGAAGACAUUUGACAGAGCAUUUGAUUUUUUUGCUAUAUAUCACCAUAUAAAUGUUAACUGAUUUGUUUUACAUUAAAAUAAAGGCUUUAAGAAUAA